CAUACUCACCAUUUUCUGUUUCCUUAGUUAACAAAUCGUUCACUUAUCAGAAAUGAAUUGUAUCCAUAAACAAAUAGUUUAGCUGCUUCCUUCUUGUGGCUCAGUAUAAGAAACCAGGAAAUAGGAGACGUUACUUUCAUUUUACCUGGAGCAAAUAAUGGCCCUGCACCACCGGCUCAGUCUGUGGCAGAAGAUACUGCUCGGAAUAUUCUGUUUCCCGCUGCUUCCCAUCUACGUGUGUGUGUACUGUCUGUGUCUCAAAGAUGAAGAAAAAGAAAGUGAAAGAAAUGAAGCAACUGUUGAGCAUGUGGAGAGAGGACUGAAUCAACCAACUUAUGUAAAUGCAUCUUUUCGGAACAGAGGCUUCCAAUAUUCUGAAGAGCAAGCUAAUCAGAACAGAAAUAAAGCCAGUGAUGGCCAACUCGAGAACUUUAAAGUCAUUUCAAAAGGAAAGGGCAGCAACCUGUCUUUUAGUAACAGAGGGUUUAAAGAGGAUGAAGAGGAUAAAAGUCAGCAAAGAAGUGCAACAAGUGCUGGUCAAAAGGAGAAUGUACAAAUCCCUUCAAAAGACAACUGGAGAGUUUCUUUUCGUAACAGAGUUCAUAAAGAGGAUGAAGUGCCCGUUGAGCCAAAGAAAAAGAAGCUUGAAGACAAACACAUUACGAACUACAGAUACCCAUGGGACAGGACAAGCCUGAAGUCUCUACCAAUAGAUCUGAAAGCUUUUGAGAAACUGGAUGCUUAUGCUGCAAAGGUCACUUCUAAUCAUACUGUUGACCUCUUGGUGAAGGAGCUUCUCCGAUACGCUCGCACAGACCUAGAGAAAACACGGGCUAUCUGGAUAUGGAUAUCUCACCAUAUUGAGUACGACACAGAAGGACUGAAAAACCUCAGCCGAGUAUCCUGUGAUCCUAAUGAUGUCCUCCGCACCGGGAGAGGAGUCUGCGCUGGGUACUCUUCCCUCUUUGAGCGCAUGUGCAGUAUUGCAGGGGUGCAGUGCAAGUCGGUGAGUGGAUACUCUAAAGGUGCAGGAUACAAAACAGGGCAAAAGUUUUCUGGAGCCUCUACCCAUGCCUGGAACAUGGUGUAUCUGGAAGAAAGCUGGCACUUGUUGGAUAGCACUUGGGGAGCGGGUACUGUUUCUUACAAUGGACCAUUUACUUUUGGGUACAAUGAAUUCUAUUUUCUCACUCACCCUGCACUCUUCAUCGGAGAACACUUCCCAGAAUACCGCAAACACCAACUCCUGGAGCCGUGUAUUUUGCAAGAUCAGUUUGAAAAACUGGUACAUUGUGAAAGCCAUUUCUACAAUAUGGGGUUGCUUUCCUCUCUUCCAGAUACCUGCACUGUUGAAACAGUGAAGGGAAAAGUUUCUUUCACUCUUGAGGGACGUCAGCGUUUACUGUUUUUAUUUCACCUAAAUAAGACGGAGACUCCAGGUUUCAUGCAGCUGACCGAACAUGGAAUGAAACUUGAUGUUUACCCCCAAAAGACUGGAGAACAGAUAUUACAGAUAUUUGCCAAGAGAGAAGACUCAGAAGGAUCAUAUGACUGGAUUCUUGAUUAUAAAAUUAUUUGCAAAUCUGUGGACACAAAUAUGAAAAUUCCAAAGUGUCUCCACAACCCCGUUGGUCCCAGCUGGCUGUCGGAAAAGGCCGGGCUCUUUCAGCCCUCACACCAGGACCCAGUCAUUUACACUGAAGAUGGCUGCUGUACUGUCAGCUUUGCACUGAAAGGGCAAUUGGAUGUUUUCGCUACCUUGGAAUCUGAUGAAAUUAAAAUGACGUCAGAUAUGAAAAACAGACACAUCUUCCAAACACAAAGAAAGAAUAAUGUGGAAUUUAGGGUCCGUCUGCCAACAUCUGGCACUUAUGUUCUUUGCGUCAAUGUAAAGAAUCCAAAUGCCGACACAUACACAUCUCAAUGUGAAUACGUCAUUAUAUGUACUAAACGUACAGUACAUUGGCCCAAGUUCCCUUUGACGUAUGGAACCUGGGCUAAACAUUAUGAACUGUUGGAGCCCCUAGAUGGAAUUCUUCCUGAGAAUAGUAACAUUUCAUUUAAGCUCAGGGUUCCUGAUGUGACUGAAGUAUCUGUAAGGGAAGGCAAAAAUUCCUUCCCUUUGUCUCUCACUGACCAGGGAUACUGGGAGGGGAUCUGCCAUACAGGUGCAACCCAGGAGCUCACAGUUACUGUGUGUUUUAAAGAUAAACCCAAUGUUUACAACUUCAUCUUGCAAUAUCAGGUGGGACCGAAAAAAUAAGUGUGAUGACAAUGAAAUGAAUGAGGAAUCGCAGAUGUAUUGUCUCAUACUACUGUAAAUGAUCAGCCUAUAAAAAAUCAAAUAUUGAUCAACGUAUAACUUGUUCAUUUUUGUAUGAAUGCUUUUAAUGUAUUUUAUGUCUAAGCCAGAUUAUUAAAUAUGUUGUUAAUUCUUAGCAGCUUUGCACAGCAGUCCUUGGAUCAUCUUGCUGCUGGAUCAGUAAGACAAGUUUGUUGUAUGGAGCAUUCAUACAUAGGCAUGAAAAUGGGCAUCCGCAGAGAAUUUUCCAGGGGGGAGCAAGGAAGAAAACAUAUUACACAAAUGACUUGUACCCAUAUUUUGGUUUCCACACAAAGCUUUUCUAUAAAUA